AUGAUCCGAGCUAACUGCUACAACCUAGUCAUCCGUGUCCCUCCGGAGCGUUCAGAAAACACAGCCGACAUCCGCGACGGCAAUAGGUGUUGUAUUACGGGCCAGAACGAUGCUGAGCAAUGUCAUAUCAUACCUGUAUGGACAUCUAUAAGACCUGAGAGAACCUUUCUCCUGCUGGCAAACUUGAAAGGCCUUCUUGAUUUUGGAACCGUAGGUAGAAUUCAGUGUACGGUCGAUUUUGAGCUUCGCAAACUACCUGCAAUGAAUACACUCUGUCUGAGUCGACGAUUAAAAGCUAUCUGGCAAAGCGGAGGGUUUGUCUUGGAACCUCUGGGCUACGUCACAAGACGCAAGAAGACUCAAGAAGACGGCGAUGCGUUGUGUCAGUCAAGUAGCCGGGACGCAGGCUCGUUCAUGGCAGCAACCUUCCGAUCGAUGAGUAGAUUUACAAAGAUCGGCAACUCUCCAGAAACAACGACAUCGACCGAAGGAAAAGACCAGGUCAACAGACAGGAGUCCAAACUCGAGUAUGCCCUUGCCCAAAAGCUCAUCAAUUGUGGGUCACGUGAGCAAACCGACGCAGAUGCUGAUGAGCAUGGUCUCCAAUUACGAUUCCAAUGGCUCCCAGCAACCUCCCUCCAUCACUUGAGAGCGAAUGGGCCUGGGUUGCGCACUGAUACCCGCACUAUAUUCAAGCCUUUGAAAGAGCGAGAUGAGGAGUUUGGAGGCUACAACGCAGGCCAGAUCACGGACGGCCAGAUCUUUACACCACGGUCCCUGGCGUGCCGCAUCCAUCGCUUAGGUGGCGGCGCAGAUCCCAGUCUUUACGAGCCGCCACGUCCUGAUUCGGAUGACAUGUUUGCAGUCGGCGAGCUGCAUAGAAAGUUUGAGAAGUGUAAGCUGGAGAAGCGUCUUGCUAAGCUUCACAAGGAGCUAGGCGGCGACAAAGAUGUCCUUGGUAUGGAUCCUACGAAAUGCCACAUUUGUGGCGCUGACAGCGACACAGGUUCGAGAUGA